GUGUGGAAUUCUCGUAUGAUGGGACUACUGGGCCUUUGUUUUGGCAUGUUUUGACAAACUCUUCUAUCAUAUGUCAAAAAGGUUUUAAACAAUCCCCCAUUGACAUCAAAUCAACCGUUGCUUUAAAAAAAAAAAUCGAUCCACCAUGUGAAGUCUAUGUAGAAGAUAUUCACAAGGUAGAAUUAUUUCAUAAUGGAAAUACUAUUGAAGUAGCUAGAAGUAAAGAAGAAACAGGUGUAGAAGGAGAAGGCAAUGCUUUUCUUCCAGCCCAAUUUAAUAUUGGCGAUGAGACUUAUAAAUUACUACAAUUUCAUUUUCAUACACCAUCUGAACACCGUAUUGAUAAAGUGCAUCACGAUGUUGAAGCACAUUUUGUUUUCGAAAGUCAGAAUAAAAAUAUAUCUGUUGUUGCCAUAUUUUUUAAUAUUGGUUGUGGAAAGGAUAAUGCUUUUUUGAAACCUAUCCUUAAUAGAAAGAUUCCAAAACCGAAAGAAAGGGUAAAAAUUUAUAAUAUACAAUUGACAAAGAUUUUUGAGGCUAUUGAAUUUAUUCAAAAUCCAUUUUCAUAUGAAGGAAGUUUAACCACUCCUCCAUGUACUGAAG